AAAAUCAGCCAUGGGAACGAGGUUGUCAACUAAAAUAACCACUACUAGAAAUUUCGCGCCGUCUGUAGCUCUAAAUUUAAUGACGUCAAAUCAUUGAUUACGACUUUCUCAUACUUUCACACUAUAUUGUUUAUUCUACACCCAACUUUGUUUUUAGUUUUUUUCAUGCUGUUGUUCCAUUAAAAAAGCUAGUAGAAUUUUGUUUUGUUUCUUUUCAACCGAAUAUUAAGUUCAGGUCUUUGUCGGGAAAUUAUAACAUUUUAUUACGUGAUUUUAUCAAAGUUAAGUGGAUAUCCACCAUUUUUUUCUUUGUUUGUUUUGUUUCUUUGUUUUUUUUCUUUGUGUUUUGAUACUCUCUUCUACUAGGAGGUAAAAUUUUCUUUGCAAAAUAGUUACCAUCUUGGGUGCACACAGCCUCACUUUAAAACAAUUUUUAUUUAUUUGUAUUAUUCAAAAUUUAAAUAAUAUAAAUAAAUAAAAUUUUAUUUAUUUAAAAGAUAUUAUUUACAAGCGUGAAUGGUAAGCGAGGUUUGGGAGUGCAAAUUACACGUCAUAUUCUAGAGCUACUGUUCACAUUUUGUAACAUCGUUUGAGAAUGUCAAGAGAAAACUCUUUUUCAACUACCGAUGGUCAAUUUAUUGAAGAACUAAGAACCAUAGAAAGUUCAAAUAAUGGUACAAUCGAAUCAAGCAGUACGUUUUCCAAAGAUUUCUCCCAAACACAAACUACGAGUCUUCGACAAAUAGUUUUAAGUAGUACAGAAUCUUUUCAAAAAAUCCAAAACGUUCGAUUUGCGUUUAAUCCAAAACAUUACGAAAAAUUCUAUGAUUGUACUGUGGAACUGAAAGAAAAUACAGAAGACAAAUCGCUUAUUUAUUAUACUGACAAGGAAACUGGCGAGAUAAAGUCUUUUUCCACGAAAGAAAGCUGGUUGAUCUGCCAACUGAGCAAAUACGGAGCUAACCUGCAUCGUAUAAUCAGGUUUGUGAUACACAAUACUUUCGAGUUUAUCUCAAAGAGCUCUUGGGUCGAGAAUGGUGUCUACCAAAUUUUUAUAUAACAUGAGUGGACCCAUAGCUGUGGCAAU